GGCGUGGCCCCCCUCCUCCACCCCCAGGCCCCGCCCCCUCCGAGCAUCGCCGGGACCGGAGCGGCCGCGGGUCCUGCACAGCCCCCCCAUGAAGGGCGAGCCCCCCCCCAGCAGCACCCUGAGCGUGGGCCAGGCCCGGAAAAUGGUGGAGCAGCUGAAGAUCGAGGCCAGCCUGUGCCGGGUCAAGGUGUCCAAGGCGGCGGCGGAGCUGCUGAGCUACUGCGAGGCUCACGCCUGCGAGGACCCGCUGCUGACGCCCGUGCCCACCUCGGAGAAUCCCUUCCGCGAGAAGAAAUUCUUCUGCGCCCUCCUCUGAACCCCCAAACCCCGGGGGACCCCCUGUAACGUUUAGGGCCGAUUUCACCCCAAAAAUGAGAAGGAAAUGAGGGGGGCGGGGCUUAAUUUGGGGCUUUUGGGGUCCCCCCCACAGCUGGGACCUCCCCCCUAAAUUGGGGACCCCCCCCAAAAGCCCUGGGGUGGUCCCGCCUCCGAAUCUGGGGGGUUUUCGGGGGGGUUUUGGGGGUUCCCCCACCCCUAAAAGGUUUCAAGGAUGGACUCAGGGAAGGUUCUGGAAUGGGGGAGGGGGAGACCCCCCCCUAAAAUCACCCCCAAAUUCCCCCUCCCCCCCCAAUCACUCCCCACCCCCCUCAAUACGGGGACCCCCAACCGUUAGGACACGCCCACAAACUCAUCCCUCACCUCCCCCACCCCAAACUCGGGGGGUUUCCCCUCCCCCAGCACCGACCCCUCCCCAAUUUCGGCUCUGAGGGACCCCCGGGGGGCAGCGGGGGUUAAAGGGGGGGUUCCCCCGAUUUUGGGGUGUCCCCCCCAAAUAAACACUUGGCGGCACA